UUUAAUGGACUUCAUGUCUGUGAACUCUUUUUUGAGGGACUUGGACGACCCUCACUUUAGAGUUUAUAAAAUUGUAAUUGUUCCAAACAGGUUUCAUUACGGAAUUAAAUUAAACGGAGAAGCAGGACAUUAUCUCGGAGCGUUCAAGGAAUUUUUGAAGACCACGCCGAUAGAGAAUAGACUAGAAAAGACAAAAGUAGACCAGGGAACUUUCGAUCAUUCUACAGAAGCCAUACCGACCAUGGAAGCGAUUAAACUUUCUGAUGUAAGAAAUUUUCUUUAUCAGAAAACUUUAAAAGUCACUGGUUUUGCUUUGAUCAGUUUGGCCACAGGUGGUCUCGUCUAUGAGGCAAUACAGAAAUGGCUGAAAAGGAACGUAAGGGGUGCUGAUGAUGUAAAAGGUGGUCAACAGAAAGCUCGUCCUAGUGAUGCCCAGCUCAAACGAGAAGAGAUUCGGGCGCAAAUGAGGCAGCUUUUAGAGGAAUUUCACGGACGAUUUCAGAAGACAUAUCUCGCUCUUAAACUUAAGCACAGAAAGGAACUGUUAAAAGUUCGAAAGAACUUGCAUUUUGCUAGCGUAAACUUGGAAAAAAAACUCUCAAAUGAAAGCUGAAAUCGCGGACGACAACGGGAAUUGCCAUUAAUCUUGAGAGCACAUUCACUUUGCAAGUGGUUUUUGUUCUCAUCAGUAAACACGAUUUUCAGUAAAUAUCUAAAUGAAAAAUCAGGUAGUUUGGCUCUACGUCGUCCUUGUAACAAAUUGAUGGAAACGUUACCUUCUCGACGAGCAGUUUGAGGAAUUUUAAUUGAGAAAUUCCGAAAUUCUUUCUCUUAAACCGCGCAGCGAAAAAUAAAGGCUGAAAACGAAGCAACCAGCCAGUAAAAACUGAACGUAAAUAUAAAAUUUGAUAAUGUCAGGAAAAAAAAACCUUUGUCGUUACUUUUGGCGUUCAAAGAUUUUGAUUUGGCAGAGGCCUUUGGUCUGGAGGAGAGAACACCGGGCACUCACCCCGUGUGGCGCCAUUUUACAGGACGGCAAAAUGUUUCACUUUUCUAUGGGUAUACGGGCAAAUAUAGAAUAGAUUUUUGACCUAUCAGAGCGCACGUUGUGCGAUAACUGUGGAAAAUAUACAAUCCUUGGCUUAUGAUAAAAGAAGUUUGGAAAAUUAAUAAAGGGAAGGAAGAGAGGGCAUUCGCUUUUUGCAAUUCUUAACAGUCUUGUUUUCUAAUGCGAGAUGUGUUUCAGGUGAUUUAUUUUUUUUUUCUUCUGUUGGAGCAACAUGAAUGCAGUCAAAUAAAUUUGUCUGCCGUCAGACAACAAACAUCUUAUUAAAGCUUAAAACCUGAGCUGUCUUGGGUCAGACUUCGGACGGUUUCCUAGUAGGAUUGUCACAAAUAGAUUUUGCCUUUUGGUUUUGCAGGAUAAAUGCAUUAGAUCUUGAGAGUGUUAUCAAUUAGCAAAUAAAAGGAGCAAACAAAUAGACAUAACAAGUUUCCCCUUCAGGAAAACGUCUAUACCCUUUGCCCCCCCAAGAGUGACUUGCUUCCUUACAAAACAGCCCCGGCUACUUUUCGAGCGCCUCACUUAUAGUAUGACGCUCCAGCGGCGCA